AAGAACAACAACAAGUUCUCGUUGCUACUUGGUAACUGUUUGCAUACAGACAUGACAACCAGACGUUGUUUCUUCAAAUGCGACUCCAAUUCUUCUCUGCAUGGACUGCCGAGCAGUGCCAGUUUGAGGAACAUGUGGCUGUCGUUUAUGUUUAGGACUGUUCCUCAGCAGUACAGCCCCAACAUCUUCUUGUGUUCCCGGCAUUUCAUCGAGGACUGCUUCGCUAACUGGACAAAAUUCAAGUUGGGAUUUGCAAAAAAACUGAUUCUGAAAGAAGGUGCUGUUCCUAAUCUUUUUGGCCACGAUGGAAGUUCACAAUCACAGCCUAGUACAUUACAGACCAGAAGUUCCAGUAUCCAAAUGAGUGCAUCAGGAUUCAAUGAUGCUGGAUGUCAGUCGGGAAGGGACUGCCAUAUGAAAAGUAAAGGCACACGGGCUACAGUGUCUCAGGUCAGUACUGGCACAGAGCCUGUUUGCACUGGUCCACAACUUCUCCUAUCAUCAACACCUACAGACGACAACGCUUUCAGACCAAGUAAGAGGCCCCGUCUUCUGGAGGUGAAAGAGGAAGAAGAGGGAGAGACAUCAGCAGAAGCAGAGCCUAUUAGAUCAACCUUUAACCCUGACGACUUUAUUAAAGAGGAGUCUGAAAUGUUAUCAGCGGAAGCAGAGCCUAUUAGAUCAACCUUUAACCCUGGCGUCUCUAUUAAAGAGGAGUAUGAAAUGUUAUCAGCAGAAGCAGAGCCUAUUAGAUCAACCUUUAACCCUGACGACUUUAUUAAAGAGGAGUCUGAAAUGUCUACAGUUGGGCCGCUGGUCACUUAUGGCGACACAAAAUACAUCGUGUUUGACUCGUGUCUGAGGGAACUAUUUGAAACCUGUCCUGUGUGUAAGAGGCAGUCGGAGGUCCAGCGGCAAAGCACGGGCACACUUGUGGCUUUUAAACAGCUUUGCCACAACUGCAACUAUUCCAGAAAGUGGCAGAGCCAGCCCAUUGUUGCCAGCACCCAUGUGGGAAAUCUGGAGUUAUCUGCAGCUACAAACUUCACAGGUGCUUCAUUCUUCCAGCUGGAGAAGGUAUGUAAGGCAAUACAACUCUGGAUUUUCCAGUAUGACACCUUCAGGAGACAUGCAAGGAAUUUUUUGGAGCCAGCCAAUAUCCAUGAAUGGAAUAACAGUACAUUACAGACCACAAGUUCCAGUAUCCAAAUGAGUUCAUCAAGAUUCAAUGAUGCUGGGUGUCAGACGGAUUCCCCACACCAAGUCUCAGAGUGCACAGUACCUCCAAAUGGGUCAUCUGUCGGCACACAGUUGUCUUGGGGUACACUAAGGGACUGCCAUAUGAAAAGCAAAGGCACACAGGCUACAGUGUCUCAGGUCAGUACUGGCACAGAGCCUGUUUGCACUGGUCCACAACUUCUCCUAUCAUCAACACCUACAGACGGCAACGCUUUCAGACCAAGUAAGAGGCCCCGUUUUCUGGAGGUGAAAGAGGAAGAAGAGGGAGAGACAUCAGCAGAAGCAGAGCCUAUUAGAUCAACCUUUAACCCUGACGACUUUAUUAAAGAGGAGUAUGAAAUGUUAUCAACAGAAGCUGAGCCUAUUAGAUCAACCUUUAACCCUGACGACUCUAUUAAAGAGGAGUCUGAAAUGUUUACAGUUGGGCCGCUGGUCACUUAUGGCGACACAAAAUACAUUGUGUUUGACUCGUGUCUGAGGGAACUAUUUGAAACCUGUCCCGUGUGUAAGAGGCAGUCGGAGGUCCAGCGGCAAAGCACGGGCACACUUGUGGCUUUUAAACAGCUUUGCCACAUCUGCAACUAUUCCAGAAAGUGGCAAAGCCAGCCCAUUGUUGCCAGCACCCAUGUGGGAAAUCUGGAGUUAUCUGCAGCUACAAACUUCACAGGCGCUUCAUUCUUCCAGCUGGCGAAGGUAUGUAAGGCAAUACAGCUCUGGAUUUUCCAGUAUGACACCUUCAGGAGACAUGCAAGGAAUUUUUUGGAGCCAGCCAAUAUCCAUGAAUGGAAUAACGAUCAACAGGUUGCAGUUGGCAGUGACAUGCGAGAGGACUCGCCUGUGUGGCUCGCGGUCCAGGAGGAGCUCCUCGGAAACGGCGGAGCGGACUUCGGGGCUCCGAGCUGUUUUGAUGAGUUUGACGACGAAGCUUUGUUCCAGAUGUUCAACCUCAGCAGACCCUGCAUCAGUUUCAUCCUGGACGCUGCUCGCAUCUUCAUAAAGAAGUUGGCUCUGAAGAACCCAACUCUGUCCGUGGACGAGAUGGUUAUGGUGGCGUUGAACUAUUACGCACACGGAGUCUCCUCACCCUGUGUCCUGCAGAGGGUCGGACAGUGUCAGACGGACUGUCUCGCGAUCAUGAGCACUGUAUCCGGAGUCAUCGCAGGCAUGUCCGACCAGUUCAUCUCUUUCCCACUAACCCAUGAGGCCAAAAAGAAGGUCGCGUUCAAGACAGAGAAAUUAUGUAGGAUCCCCAAUGUGCUGGGCGUCCUUGGCGCGGCUCACUUCAAGAUCAGAGCCUCCCCUUAUGAGACGGACACAUUCAGGGGUUUUGUCAACACCUUGGGGUACACAUCUGUGGUGAGCCAGAUCAUAUGUGACUCUGACGGAAACAUACUGAGUGUCGAAAAGUGUUGUGUAGGCAGCACGUUUGAGCAGGAGCUGUGGGAGUCGUCUUUCAAAGGGAGGGAAAUGGAGGAGGAAAUACACGGACCUUUUUGGGUUAUUGCAGGGAAAGGCUACAACUUAAGCAAACAUGUCCUGACUCCUGUGGCAGAACCUGCAAAUGACAGCGAGACCAGCUUCAACGAGGCCCACACAAAGAUCCACGAUGUCAUGCGAACAACGCUCGGCUCCAUGAAGAGGCGCUUCAGGUGUUUAAAUCAACUCGAUUUUGCACAAGAAAACUCUUUGGCCAAAAAGUCCAAUAUUAUCAAGGCGUGCAGUGUCCUGCACAACAUCGCUAAAAAGUUCUCCGUGCCUCCACCGUCUGACGCUGGUCAAAUCGAGCCCCUGCAUCCCGGCAAGCAACGUGCAGAGCCAGAUAUCAACCCUGAGGCAUUAAAGGCCAGACAGAAACUCAUCAUUGCUAACUUCCUCAAAGUCUCUAGAAGCAGAAACCCACCAAGUAAAAAAACGCUGAGGAGGUUGUGAGUGUAGCAGGUGUGCUGUCUGUUUCAGGAAAGUUGAAAAUGUUGACCCUUAAAGGACAAACACUGGAACCAAAAACUGUUCUUAAUCUUUGACAG